UAAAAGUGGGGAGUCAGGAUUGUGCUAGGUUCUUAACUUCAACCCGAACUGUGGUCACUCCUGAUGGACAUACACUAGUGAGUGCACGACCACCUCGAGAAACGCAUUCAGUUAUGAUGGCGGGUAUCAAAGGCGAUGGCGAACUGAGCGAGAUCCAAUCGUUUUACAAGGGCAAAACGAUAUUUAUAACUGGGGCCUCGGGUUUUAUGGGGAAAGUACUCCUGGAGAAGCUUCUGUACAGCUGCAGUGGCCUAGACCGCAUCUACAUUCUCCUGCGUUCGAAACGGGGUCGAACACCGGAGCAACGAGUGGAGGAUAUGUUUAAACUUCCCUUAUUCGAGAGACUCCGCAAAAUUCAACCGGAUGCCAUCAAUAAAUUAACAGCAUUACCGGGUGACGUCACACUACCCAAUCUCGGUCUCACGGAAGGCCAGCGUGAUCUUCUCGCGGACAGAGUGCAAAUCGUAUUCCACGGUGCAGCGACAUUAAAACUCGAGGCCAAGCUCAAGGACGCAAUUGAGAUGAAUACGAUUGGGACGGAUUCAAUGCUACAGCUGGCGAGACGUAUGAAAAAUCUGCAGGUCUUUGUGCAUUUGAGCACUGCAUUCUGCCAUGUAGACCAGGAGGAGCUCCAUGAACGGGUUUACGAUGCUCCGGAUGAUCCGCACGAGGUCAUGAGGCUCGUCAGAUGGCUCAAAGAGGACGCUCUCGAUCUCAUCACUCCGAAACUCCUGGAACCUCAUCCGAAUACCUAUACAUAUUCAAAGAGAUUGGCGGAGACAUUGGUGGCCAAUGAGUAUCCGAAUAUGCCUUGCGUAAUCGCGAGACCUUCCAUCGUCACACCGGCAUGGGAGGAACCUCUGCCAGGCUGGGUGGACAGUCUCAAUGGCCCAGUGGGGCUCAUCGUUGGGGCUGGUAAAGGAGUGAUCAGAUCAAUGCACUGCAACGGGAAUUAUCAUGCCGAAGUCGUUUCCGUUGAUUUCGCCAUUAAUGCACUUAUUGCUAUUGCACAGAGGGUUGGAAGUGCCAAUAGCAGAACUCCAAAUAUGCCGGUAUUCAACAUCACUCAAAGCCGAGUGGUUCCAGUUACAUGGGCUGACGUGCUGGAGAAAGGAAAAUCGGUUGCAUACGAAUUCCCCUUCGACGGUGCAAUUUGGUAUCCAGACGGGGAUAUUCGGAGCAGCAAAUUUGUGCACAAUUUGUUUGUCUUCUUUUUUCACAUUAUUCCUGCGUAUUUCAUUGAUUUCCUCAUGCUGAUAUUCAGGCAAAAACGAUUUAUGGUACGAAUUCAGAGGAGAAUUUCUGACGGCCUUGAGGUGUUGCAAUACUUCACGACGAGGGACUGGGUCUUCCACAACACGAAUUUACUCAAUUUGUGGGAGAAGAUGAGUCCGCAGGACAAACAACUGUUCAAUAUUAAUUUCCUCGGUAUUGAUGAUUUGGAGUACAUAAAGAGGAUAAUUCUGGGGGCGAGGCAGUACUGCAUGAAGGAGAAGAUGGAGGAUCUGCCGAGGGCACGAAUGCACUUGAAAUUCCUCUACGUCAUCCACUUGAUCGCAGUCUACGGUUUCUACUAUCUCGUCCUAUCAACAAUAAUAAAAAACUUUGAGUUCACCAGAUACUGUCUUGACCUCGUCACCGAAAAGAUGAAGUACUUACCGAUUCUCGGACGUUUUGUAGACAGAGCAGCUCCAGCAUAAAAUCCACCCUCAACUUCUGAAAUUGUAAUUCCCCCAAAAUAUUCCAGGUAAAAUCCAAAAAUCAACGAAUAAAUCCCCAAAAACAAUAAAAGAAAAUGAUUGCUCCAUCGACAAAAAUGUAUCUGUACAAAACCAUCUAUUUUACACAUUGAAAUUACUUCCAAAUAUAAUAGAUAUAAUAUAUUUCAAGUUGACAACGUAAACAAGAUAAUUUUCUUUACAAAUUACAAGUAUUCUCAUUCUUUAGGAAAUAUAAAAAAAUUUUUCCUGA